AGAACACACACUGGAGAGAAACCUUAUGAAUGUAAUGAGUGUGGUAAAGCCUUUGCAGAAAACAGUACUCUCUUAAGCCAUAAAAGAACACACACUGGAGAGAAACCUUAUGAAUGUAAUGAGUGUGGCAAAGCCUUUGCAGAAAACAGUACUCUCUUAAGCCAUAAAAGAACACACACUGGAGAGAAACCUUAUGAAUGUAAUGAGUGUGGCAAAGCCUUUGCAGAAAACAGUACUCUCUUAAGCCAUAAAAGAACACACACUGGAGAGAAACCUUAUGAAUGUAACCAGUGUGGUAAAGCCUUUGCACAAAACAGUCAUCUCAUAAGCCAUAAAAGAACACACACUGGAGAGAAACCUUAUGAAUGUAACCAGUGUGGUAAAGCCUUUGCAGAAAACAGUCAUCUCAUAAGACAUAAAAGAACACAU